UUUUAAGCUACUUCGUCCGUCAUGUCAAUAUUCCAAAAUAGGAAAGAAAAAUAAAUUCAUUUCUUCCCAAAAUUCCCCAUCUAAAAUGGAAGCAAAAGAUGUGUGCGUUGAAAUCGAAAACGAUGAAUUUUAUAGUAAGUUUUUGGAAGAUAAUGUGAAGCCUAUCACGGGAGAAAAUGUAUCGGUCACGGAACAAGUAACUAAACUCGCCGUAGGAAUUGAAAAACUGGGCAAAAGUUUAGAGAAACAGGUCCUUGCCAAACAUAAUGACCUCUUGACACAGGCAAGUCAUAUUUCUGACCUAGAGACUAUCCUAGAAUCUAUUUAUUCUCAAGUGCAAGGUCUUUUACGCGGAGCCGAAAAUUUAAAAGACCGUGUCAGUACACCUUAUCGCACGCUUGAUAAUCAAACUCUUAUGCUGGAAAGAGUACAAAUUACGUGUAACCUACUCCGGCACUCGUCCAAAAUAAUCGCGUUAUGGAACAAAUUAUCAGGCAUAAAAGAUAACCCUUCCAAAGAAGCUAUUAUUCUUUUCGAGCUCAAUGAGCUGAUAAGUGACUACGAUUUUGAAGGAAUAGACUUGCUGGAAGACAUAUUGAAACAAGUUCAUAACAAAAGAAUUGAAUUGUUGAAUAAUUCAACCACUGCCUUGCAAGAGAGCCUACUUAUUGGUGACAAGUCAAAGUUAUUACAAUGUUUCAAAGUAUUUCACAACCUUCAAUGUACUGAGGAACAAAUCAGAAAAACUGUUGAAAGCAUAUUGAAUGACUUGAAAAAAGAUAUAGAAAUGGCAUUAAAUGUAAAAGUGGAAUUCCAUGACAUAAAGAAAAGUGCAUCUACUAAGAUGACACCUGGCAAAGCUAAUCUUAUGUCCACACAUGAGUUGAAAACAAUCCUUUGGGAUAACAUUGAAAAACUAUUUAAAGUUCAAAUUUACAACAGUUGCUCAAAGGUCAUCAUGCUUCAGAAUGUCAUAAAUGAAUUACAUGCUAUUGGAAAUUUCAGAAACAUUGCCAAAAACUUUUGGACGGACUUGUCAACAGUAUUUAGUACUGAACUUGAAAAGACAUCAGUCCCGGUCAAUCAGUGUGUUGAAAUAGAUUUCCCAAAAUUGCUCAAGUGCUUCAAUGACUUGCAUUCCAGAUUGAAAUGUAAAGAUUUGGAAAUAAAUAGAGCUGCUUUAACAAAAUGGGAGAAUUCAUUUUUGUCAAAAUCCUUGGGAAAACUAUUGGAACCUGUAAGAAGUAUGUGGCAUCUUAACCAAGUUCCAACAAUGGAUCAAAUAGAUAAUGCUAUUAGAGUAAUAACAGAAGCAUUGAGUAUUUCUCUUGGGGAUAAACAAUUGAGUAUAAGCUUAGCUCAAAGUGUUGCAAAGUCCAUAAAACAAAUGAAUGUGGAAGCAGAACAGAGACUGUCUAUGGAUAAUGAUGUUGCACAGAUCAUAGAGUCCCCAACAAGCGCCCAACAGAAAAAUGCUGAACUUUGUAAUGCAAUGUAUUAUUUCUCAUCUUUAAUCAAGAGAGUUCUGCUAAAUAUGAGUGCAAUGUUACCUCCAGAGAGUGUUCAAAUUGUGCAGAACAGCCUGAAAGAUGUCUCAAGCAUGCCAGUAUUGCAACUGUAUGCUGAAUCCAUAAAGAAUUCUCUAUAUAUAAUUUUAAUGACAAUGCACGAUGAACCUGACCUCACAAGGAGUGAUAACCCAACUGGGAAGUCCUUAUCCUGUUCACCAUACAUGAAGGAGCUUCAACAGUUUGUAUCAAGAUGUAAGGACAUUUAUUUGUCCAUGUUUAGAGAAAAGGCGGCUCUAAAUGAAUGCUGUAUCAAUAUAGCUACAGCAUGUGUGGAGAAGUUUAUUCAGCAUGUGUGCAAUGUAAGACCACUGACACAGUUUGGUCGAGUAAAGCUGCAAAUUGACUGCAAGCAUCUUGAAGUAGCCCUGUCUCCUGUAAUAGGUGAUAUGACUGACCUUGGAGACCAUCAUAGACAGUUGAAGGCUCUAAGUCUUGUGUUAGAAAAAUCUCCACAAGAAAUAGCUAAUAGUCAACUUGAGGGUGCCUGCUUGCCUCAUUCCCUGGUGAUGAUGUAUCUGUUUUCUUUUGCCGGAUCGCAGUUGAUAUCUCCACAUACAUGUGCCGGUUGGAAUAUUCAGAGGUUGAUGCAGUGGUUGGAUUCCCACAAAAAGGAAAAUGAAAGGCUGGACUUUGUGGCCGGAGCAUUACAGAGAUAUCAAAACCAUGUGAGGGACAACCAAAUAGCUACAUAUGAUGAAGUAUACCCGGUUCUGCUUCAGCUCCUAGAAGAUGGGAGGAAGAUAUUGAAACAGUAGUGUUAAGUUUAAAUUAAAGACAGUUAUUUAUAAAAUUAAACUUUAUUCAAUAUGUAAACAAUUAACUGGUAUUAUUCAUGUGCUCAACACAGUAUGGCAAAUUUAACAUUGCAUUGACAUUUUCAAUUCAACAGUUUUUAACUUUAGUAAUAAAAAAAUGCCAUCUAGUUUUAAUAAAUGCUCCUUGAAAAAAAAAGUGAAACAUUGAAAUAUGUUCCACAUAAUAUGAUAUCCACCACAAGCUUACUUUCCGAUUUAAAAUAUUUCUUGAGGCUUUGCUUGUUUUACAUCAGUCUUGUGAAGCAAAAACAUUUUGUCCGUGUAAACUCUCCACAACUUGUUGCUACAAAAUUAAGAUAAUGUUAGAACAAUGACUGAGCAGUAACAUAGUGAUCUUCAUUUUUAUUUGUUUAAUGAUAUACAUUUUGUAUAAUCAAAUGGUCUGUAUGUAAUAACCCUUUGUGCGCCAAAAGUUCGUGUUGAAUCUUUACUAUUACAGAUAUCGGACAGAUCGAUUAUUUUUCAGGGAAAAUGUAGAAAUAUUUUGGUUUCACCACGAAAGGAGAGCCAGAUUAUUUGAUAUCAAAUAAAAUUACAUCUGUAACAAUUUACAUAUUUUGCUCUAUACUACAUUCGACAUUACAUAAUUUACAUAAAUCUAUAAUGAACAAACAAAAAGCACUUACAAUAUAUUAUUAUAUUAAACACUAAAUAUUUUCACAAACAUUCUAAGUAGUUAAAUGCGUAGGUAUUUAGCCAACUUCUAUUAUAAAAUUCGUCUUAUUAACAUAAGUACAUACAAAAUAAAAGAUAAUAACUGGGCUUUGUUUAUUUUUGGUCGAUAAGAUCGAUAAAUAAGACAUUAGUAGUCUCCACUCCACUUCAACAUAUUACUCUAAGUGAGGUUUCAAUCAUUUUGAGCAUAAAAUACUAGAAUAUUUACACUUUCACUUUCAUUCAAAGGGUAUUUCUAAAGCUGCUUCACUUACUUUAUACACAAAUAUUUGUCCAAACAGCAAACCAACCAAUCCACCUCUGCUAUAUAACGUGCAUUUGAAGUAUAGUAAAUCAAUUACAAGUGCAGAGGCGUUACUAAAUACACACGCGAUCAGUGUAUAAUAUAGGAUUCUACAUUUUGAUAGA